AUGAUCGCCGUCUACGACGUCAGGACCUGGCAGCGGGUGCACGCCAUCGACGCCGACUCGGACGGCAGCAGCGGCGAGGUGACGCGGGUGGCCAUCGACGGCACCGGCACCAGGCUUGCGGCCGCCUGCGGGACUGGCAACGUGCUGGUGUACGACGUGGGCCAGCGUGCGCACGCGACGCGGGUGGCGAAGCUGGAGGGCCACGAAGAGGGCGCCUCCGACGUCGCCUGGGGGGCGGAGCACGCGGGAGAGAGCCGGCGCCGGGUGCUGGUCUCCGCGUCGCAUGACGCCACGAGCAGGGUGUGGGCCGAGAGGUAG